GGCCCUUCACGCCUUCCGUCACCAAGCACUUCCGCUUCCGUUCCCAGCCACCCCGGAGCGCAGCGGCAACUUCCUGUCCCACAGUGCCCCAGGCCGAAUCAUGGACCACAAUGACAAUGAUUUGCAAGGCACAAAUAGUUCUGGAUCAUUGGGUGGUCUGGAUGUUCGCCGACGCAUCCCUAUAAAGCUCAUCUCCAAACAGACCAACAAACCUAAACCUACACCUCCUCGUCCUGCAAGAAGCAUGAAUAGGGUUCCAUCAAAGACUGGAGAAGAAGAAGAAUUUGAUUAUAAUGAAGAAGGAUAUGAAUGCAAAGGAAGUGAUGUGUUUGGUAAUCAAAGGAGAUUUCCUGGACACCUCUUCUGGGACUUCAAGAUAAACUUACUUGGAGAAAAGGAUGAUACCCCGGUCCAUUUCUGUGACAAAUGUGGGUUACCCAUCAAAAUGUAUGGACGCAUGAUACCCUGCAAGCAUGUUUUCUGCUAUGACUGUGCUAUUUUACAUGAGAAGAAAGGUGACAAGAUGUGUCCAGGCUGUAAUGAAUCCGUGCAACGAAUUGAGCAGUGUAUUCGAGGGUCUCUCUUCAUGUGUAGUAUUGUUCAAGGGUGCAAGAGAACAUAUUUAUCCCAGAGAGACUUACAGGCUCACAUCAACCAUCGUCAUAUGAGAGCUGGCAAACCAGUUGCACGCCCUCCACUAGAACCAGUGCAUCCUCCUAUUGCUCCACCUCCCACUGAAAUUCAAGAGCGGUUCAUAAUGCCACCUGACAAGCAUCAUCUGAGCCACAUUCCACCAAAGCAGCACAUCAUGAUGCCACCUCCACCAUUGCAGCAUGUGUCCCACGAGCAUUAUAACCAGCCACAUGAAGACAUUCGUGCAUCCACGGCAGAGAUGUCUAUGGCUCCUCCUCCCCCUCGCUCAGUCAGUCAAGAUACCUUUCGCAUUUCAACAAGAAAGCACAGCAAUCUCAUAACUGUCCCUAUUCAGGAUGAUUCAAACUCUGGUACUCGAGAACCACCUCCACCAGCCCCAACACCUGCUCACCAUCACCCUGAAUACCAAGGUCAACCAGUGGUAUCCCACCCUCAUCAUAUUAUGCCACCACAACAACAUUAUGCACCACCCCCUCCCCCACCUCCACCAAUAAGCCAUCCAAUGCAACAUCCUCCCCAGGCAGCAGGCACUCCUCAUUUGGUUUAUAGUCAAGCUCCACCUCCUCCGAUGACCUCUGCUCCUCCACCUAUAACCCCUCCCCCUGGACAUAUCAUUGCCCAACUCCCACCAUAUAUGAAUCACCCUCCACCUGGACCACCACCACCCCAACAUGGUGGGCCGCCUGUAAAUGUAAAUGCACCUCCUCCCCAUCACUAUAACCCCAAUGCUUUGCCACAGUUCAGUGAAGACCAAGGAACUCUCAGCCCUCCUUUCACACAGCCAGGGGGAAUGAGUCCGGGCAUAUGGUCAGCUCCAAGAGGGCCGCCGCCGCCACCAAGAAUGCAAGGGCCGCCUUCUCAGGCUCAGCUUCCUGGACCACACCACCCUGAUCAAGCCAGAUACAGGCCAUACUAUCAAUGAUAUUAACAGUAAUGACAACUAAAGUAUAAUAUAGGAAGGAAAACGUUCUAAACGGCAGCCUUUUAAUGAAUCUGACUGUUUGGGGAGCUCUUGUUUUGUUUGCUUCGUUCGUUUGAGAGAAAUAAAACUUGUGACUGUAAAACUCUGGGGACUUGAAUCUUAAGGUAAAGUUUUAAAGCCUUGAUCCUGUAGGACUCUUGACACCUGAUAUUUUGUAGUGCUAAUUGACUUUUUAGUUGACAGCUACAUUUUAACAGACGUGCCUGUAGUCCGGUUGAACUACCCCGGAGAUGAACAUUUGUAAUAUUUCCUGAAUACUGAACACUUAUUGUACCACUCUAAAGUAUUUUUGUUAAAUCCAAUGUUUAGUUUCAUUUGUGAUAUGUUUUCUUCUUUGUCAACCUGUGUAUAAUUAAAUUUGAAAUAUGGUUCAAAAAUGCUUGCUUUUUUAUAUGAACUUAAUAAAUUCAUUUUUUUUUUUUGAGAUGGAUUGGGGAGUAAAGAAAAGAGUGGGGGAAAGUUUGGGUAUUCCAGCAAGCAUGAUACUUUCAUACAGAGAUUUCUGUGGUGUUUUUCAAAUAAUUAAGAGUAGCCCUCCCUUUUUUUAUAUGUAUGUUGCUAAGUAGGCACAAGAUUAUCAGUUCCCCAGAGCUCAUUAAAAUGUGUAGUAGAUGAACCUAAGAAUUAAUGCAGACUCUUACAUUUCUGUCCUUUUCACAUUGUUUUUUAUUGUAAGCAUACCACAUGCAGGAGGCAUGAUGAGACUUGUGCUUUCCAUCUUAGGAAUCCCCAUUAUGGACUCCACAAUUAUCUGUCAUACUCAGGUUCUCAUGUCACAUUCUGAUAACUUGCAUUAUCAGUGUGAUGCAUUAUUGCUUUCAAUAAUGCAAGUGAAGAGGCGGGGGGAAUCUUCCACAAUACCUUCCUCAACUUAUUUUACAGUGAAGUAUACAUAAUAAUAUAGAACACAAAAAUUCAUAUCUGCUCAUAUAUCUGUGGAAAAUGUAACGUCUGCAUUAGCUCAAAAGUCUUCCUUUACCUCCUUUUCUGGAGAAAACAUUGAUGUUUACUGCUCAUCAAUAACAUUGUAACAGCUAAAGACUAGACUACUUCACAGUGAUUCAGAUUUGGGACAACUUUGGAAACAAGUCAUGAUAAUGUUGAGAGCGUGAGCCCACUUUCCAUGUGCACUUGUUAGGUGGUAAAGAAAUAAUAAAGUGAUUUUGUGUUA